AUGAAAUUGUCCAAUAAGAACUUUCACAAAAUUUGCAAAGAUGCUGGUAUUGAUGUUACGACAUUGUCCUGGCGUCAACAAAUUGAAAUCCUAACAGUUCUCCUCAGCUGGAUACCCUUGCUAAUGGGAGCAUAUCAUAUGGGCGUCUAUUGUGUGGAUGGCAUAGUGUCGGUGUUGUUUGGUGUUAAAGAAAUAGUGAUCCUGACAAUCGAGCUAUUCUUUUAAGCCCUGAUUCAACCCAUUUUGCAAUAAAAAUAAGAAGGGAAUGGUAACCGUUUUCUUUGCUGCGUAAACAAAAACUUUGUAAACUUUUUCGAAUAUUUUGAUAUAAACAUUUUUCUAAGAAUCUUA